GAAUGGGUGCAAAGGAAUCAAAACAGACUUGCAUUAGCUAUGAAGAUGCUGUCAAAAGAGUCUCUGAAUCGGAAUUAAGACGCCUUAAAGAGGCCUUUAAAAAAUCCGCCGGUGUUGGACGUUUCUAUUUGAGUCGCAAUGCCUUUCAACAGGAUGUCCUAUUUGAGGGUGUACCGGCAAAUGUAACCGAUCUGCUAUACACCGCCUGUGGCGGUACAGCCAAAGGUAUCUCCUUUAAGGAUUUACUAUGCGGUUUGGUUUUGAUAACCAAGGGCACAGAGGAGGAGAAAACAAGAUUCCUUUGGAACUUAUAUUGCAAUGAUAACGGCACCUAUAUCUUAAAAUCAGAUUUCACCAAAGCCCUUAAUUUAUUACCCUAUGAAAGUGCAUCGUUAUUUUCCCCUCAAACAGAUCGCAUUAAUUUCGAACAAUUCCAAGCAUGGCUGUUGAAAAAUCGCACCUCAACGGUCCUCUCCAAAUGGCUGCUAUCCGAUAAUUGUAUAUCGCUAACAUCGGAAUUGGAGACACCGACAUUCUAUCAAAGUUUGGCCGGUGUAACACAUUUGGAGGAGAAGGACAUUGUCGAUUUGGAAAAAGAAUUUUGGCGUUUGAAAAAUUCCUCACCCAAUGGUCAAUUAGAUUUACAAUUUCUGGGACCGCUACUAAGUCCACCAAUACCAAAAAAUGCUCUGCAGGGUCUGUUCAAUGCCUUCGAUGAGAAUCGUGAUGCUCACAUUGAUUUCAAGGAGCUGUGUUGUGGUGUCAGUGCCGCCUGCCGAGGACCCAGCGUAGAGAGAACAAGAUUUUGUUUUAAAAUAUUCGAUGUGGACAGUGAUGGCGUGCUGAAUCAUGCCGAAACGCUACAAAUGAUCAAUGUUCUGCUGUAUGUGGCCAAAGAGAAUCGCAAUGUGAAUAUGUACAAAGAUAUAACCAAACAGGAAGCUUUAAGGGACAUUGUCAAUUUUACGUCGAGUCAAAAGGAAAGUGGUGAUUCCCAACAAUUGGCUAAUUUAACCAUCACCCUAACCGCCGAAGACUUUAUGAUGUGGAAUGUGGAGAGUAGCUUAAAAUUGCUACAACCAUUUUUGGAUUUGAUAUUUGAAGUGUGUCAUAUUGUUUUCGGUCUGUGGCCACAGUGUCGCCAUAUGGAACAUGAUAUUGUUCGCGGUUGGCUUGAUCGCGAAGAGAAACGUAAAUAUACCGUUGGACAAUUUUGGAAUUUAAUAUCACGUGAUUGGUGGCUACAGUGGUUACAUUAUGUCACCAACAAUACCGUUCCAUGUGAAUAUUGCAAAAACACAACGACUGGCACAUAUCAACGGACAUCGUUUUCCGGCAUCGAUGAAGCUGUCGUCUGUGAUGAAAGUUUCAAUACAAAUUCUUUGGAUUCGGUGGCGGGUUGUGGUGAAUUGAGCAUCGGCGGCGGUACUUUAACGGCAGAUAAUUGUAGUUUAGGCUCAUCCAGCAGUGGCAUCUCAUCCUGUCGUCAAAUGGGUGCACGACCCGGUCCCAUUGAUAAUACCAAUCUUGUUACACCCAAUCCCUAUAAAAAUGUACGCACCCUAACCGGUGAGGGGGGUCAUUUGAAGCGUGACACGCCAUUGGUACAAAAUCAUAAUUUUGAAUUGGUCCCGAAAUCCCUGUGGAAGGCUUUGAAUCGUUGGUAUGGUGACAACCUGCCAUUGCCAAGGCAAGUUAUACAGCCACCUAAUUCAAAUCAGGUGGAAUUGGAAUUAUAUCCCCUAAAUUUGAGGAUUCUCCUACAUCAAAUUGUACCGCAGCAGCAGCAACAACAACAGCAGCAAAUGGCCAACAAUUGGGGAGCCAUGACAAGUAGUUAUGGUGUAAUUGCCUCAGGUGGAGGAUUUGCAGCUAUUUCCUCGCCAAAUGUCCUACAACCACCCAAGCGUUACUUAGCCUACACGGCCGCCUUUAGUCGCUUGGCCACAGUGCAAAAAGUCGCAGCCUUCCUCUGUGAACAGCUACGCUUGCGGCCCGAUGAUAUUCGUUUAUGGCAUAUACCUUCGGGUAAUAUAGAGAACAGUGCCAUACUACUCGAAGAGGACAGCAUGACGCUGAAGGAGUUAAUGAUCAAGGAUAAUGAUCAAAUUCUGCUGGAAAUUCGCAACAAAGAUCAGACAUGGCCCGAAGAAUUGGGCUCCCUUAGCCUAACCCAGUCCGGAGGAUCUUCCAUUAAUGAUCGCCGUUUAACACGCACCUCCAUUAUGUCGGUACAGGCACCCGGUGCCUGUGGCCUACACAAUUUGGGAAAUACCUGUUUCAUGAAUGCCUCGCUGCAGGUCCUCUUCAAUACUCAGCCCCUGGCUCAAUAUUUUCGUCAAAAUAUGCAUUUAUUUGAGCUGAACACAACCAAUAAAUUGGGAACGCGCGGACAUUUAGCCACACGUUAUGGUGAACUGUUGAAGGAGGUUUGGAGUGCCACCACGCGAUCUGUGGCACCUCUAAAACUACGAUUUUGUGUGACUAAAUAUGCACCCCAAUUUGCGGGUGGUGGUCAGCAUGAUUCUCAAGAAUUGCUCGAGUGGCUGCUGGACGCCCUGCAUGAAGAUUUAAAUCGUGUCAUGGAGAAACCCUAUAGUGAACUGAAAGAUUCCAAUGGUCGGCCGGAUAAAAUUGUUGCCGCCGAAGCAUGGUCACAACAUCAUGCCCGCAAUCAAUCGAUAAUUAUUGAUCUCUUCUAUGGUCAAUUGAAAUCGAAAGUUAGCUGUAUGUGUUGCGGCCGGGAAUCGGUGCGUUUCGAUCCAUUCAGUUUGCUAAGUCUGCCGCUGCCCGUCGAGAAUUAUAUAUAUUUUGAAGUGUUGGUCAUCCUUCUCGAUGGUUCGGUGCCAAUCAAAUACGGUCUACGUUUAAAUUCCGAAUGUAAAUAUUUCGAUUUAAAACGCAAACUGGCCUCGCUGUCGUAUCUAAAUCCCAAUUUCAUGUUAAUCUGUGAGGUAUGGAACUCCCAAAUACGUCAUAUAUUCCCAGAUGAAGAGAAAAUCCGACCAACGGCAGCCAAGGAGUUAUACUGUUAUCAGUUGCCCGAAGAGUGUCAAGAUCGUUCCAGAUCGAGUUCGACGAUGGGUAUUAAUAUUGAAAAAGGCCUAAAGGAUAUACAGAGGAGUUCGGCAGCCAUGCUGACAGCCUAUGAUUCCUUUUCCUCGCUGAAUGCUUUAAAUAAUUCCACCAAUAAUACUAACCCGGCCGCAUCCGGCACCACCUCUAAUAAUGUCAAUUCGAGUGGUGGUGGCGGCGAUAAAAUCUUCUAUGCUGAAACCUCAUUUGAGGAAGAAGUGGUGUGUCCUCCACCAUUACCCAUAACGCCAGCACCUAUGUCACUACCACCACCACAAUCAUCAUCCUCCACCACAGCAACUAGUCAGUUUUCGUCGUCAGCCAUGAAUGUCCAAUCGUCAUCAUCCACCACAUCGUCGCAUUCCUCGGCAAUGCCGUUACGCUAUCAAAACAAUAGCUUCGAUAAUGUACCCAUGACCGUCCUCGGUGGUGGUAGUUGUGGCCGAAAUGAUGAUGCCGGUGAUGAUACCGAAGACGAUGAUAUACACGUCUCAACGAAGGUAAGGCGGUGCUUUGGAAACAAUAUGUGCAUGCCCCAGACUUUAUUAUGCUUCAAGCACACCUCCAACAUAAGUCGUAGCCCCGAGAAUACAUUCGUUAAUGGUGGUAUUUUACAAAAAAAUAUCUCCACCUCUGCUAAGCUAUUACAUGGUGGCAGCAAUAGUACAGAACCCAAUACAUGCUCAUCAUCCUCCCUGGCCACGGCAACACAUUCCGGUGAAAAUUCCAUGGAAAGUUCAACCUGUGAUCCGGCUGUGAUUCUAAAUCAAACAGAAUCCUCCAAAAAUCCAGCGGCAAUUAUGUGUGAGGGCGGCCUGCGGCGUUUAAGUGAAUGUCCAUGCCGCCUCAAUAAUACCGCCGAUGAGGCUAAUGCCCAACGUUUAAUGGAAUCGGAAAUAAAUCGACAAAAUUUCAUCAAACAAGACCUAAGUGAUUCCUGUUGUAUGCCUCCAAUGAGUAAUGGUUUGAUGGCGGCGGGUUCCCAUAAUUAUGAUGCCACAAAUGGCGCCGGUGUAUUUUCCCGUGUUCCCUCACAACACUACAAAGUCGGUAAAUAUCUAAUGGCAUUGCAUCGUAAAAUCACCCGGCAGGAUAGUUAUUUUUUGUCCCACCACAAAACCCGGCCCAGUAUCUUUGGAGUGCCUUUGUUAAUACCCAAUUUAGAGGGUGGUACAAAUAAGGAUUUAUAUUGUGCCGUAUGGUUACAAGUUAGUCGCCUAUUGACACCACUGCCAGCAUCAACGGAUCAGGCAAAUCAUGCCGCGGAUUGUGAUGAUAGCUUGGGCUAUGAUUUUCCAUUUUCUUUGCGUGCGGUAAAAAGUGAUGGUCUAACAUGCGCCUUAUGUCCGUGGUCUAACUUUUGUCGUGGCUGUGAAAUACCCUGCAACAAUGAAUAUGUAUUCCAAAGUUCAUUAUUUACAAAUAGUUUUGAUACAAGUAAUACUUCAACUCCAAAAAUGAUGCCAAAAUCUGCUGCAAAUAAUUCAAUAUCCGCUACAACGUUAGAUAAUCGCAGUAGUAGACCAUUAAAUUCCAACUCAUCCGAUCGUGAUUCGCUGCAGUCACAACAAUCGAUGAUCUUGACACGAAAUUAUGAUAAUAAAUAUAUAAUAGCUAUCGAUUGGGAUCCAACGGCAUUGCAUUUACGUUAUCAGUGUACCUUGGAAAGGCUUUGGAUAGAUCAUGAAUCGGUGGCCAUAUGUCGCAAAGAACAAAUUGAACCGGUCGAUCUGAAUCAUUGCCUAAGAGCUUUCACAUCUGAAGAAAAAUUGGAGCAAUGGUAUCACUGCAGCCAUUGUAAGGGCAAGAAACCGGCCACUAAAAAACUGCAAAUCUGGAAAUUGCCACCAAUUUUGAUCAUUCAUCUGAAGCGAUUCAAUUGUGUCAACAAUAAAUGGGUUAAAUCACAAAAGGUGGUACACUUUCCAUUGGAUGAUUUCGAUCCGACACCGUAUUUGGCAGCUGUGCCCCAAGAGACCAUAUUAAGGCACAAAGAGCUACUCGAAAUGAAUGAGAUUUCCAAAACAAUGAAUGGUAUUAAUGAAAAUAAUCAGCAAGAAGCAAUAACAACAACAAAAACAAGUGAUAUUAAAAAACAACAACAACAACAGAAGUACGAAGACAAAAAAGAAACUAAAUUACAACAAAUAAGCCAAAAUGAGAGCACCAACAGCACAGCUACAACCAAGACCACCCUCAACAUAUUACGAAUGACCGGCGCUACUGAUGAUCGUACAAUGACCCGACGCAAGCGUUUAAUUUCCACAAGUCUUACAAAAACGCCCAUUGUUGACGGCGCCUUCGAGGAUUUCCAUCAGCAUAAAUUGAAAAAGGGUGAUGAUCCAUUCGAUCCGAAAUAUAAGCUAUAUGCUGUUGUGUCCCAUUCCGGUAUGUUAAAUGGUGGCCAUUAUGUCUCCUAUGCCGCCAAUCCAAAUGGUUCAUGGUAUUGCUACAAUGACAGUUCGUGUCGGGAAAUUUCAAAUCCCCCGAAUAUUGAUCCUAGUUCGGCGUAUUUACUAUUCUACGAACGCAAGGGUCUAGACUAUGAACCCUAUUUGCCAAAUAUUGAGGGUAAAACUCUGCCCAGUGGUGUCUUGGGUGUUGAAGAUAAUGACGAAACGGAAAAUGAUUUGAAAAAGAUGUGUACAAUAUCCUAAA